UCGUGUUAAAAGAAAAAAGCGAGGGAUUUUUGCAUUUACCAGUAUUGCCCUCCGAUGUAAAUCUAAUAUGCCGCGAAAAGGCCAAAAGUAAAUAUCGUGAUAAAAUAAAGUGGAGGGUAAUAUCGACAAAUUGAGAUUUGCUGAUCUAUUCCCUACGAGACUUUCAAUUUGAAACUUCCAAAGGCACCGCCAUCACCAUGCCUAAGAACGCCAAAUAUAGCCAAGAAUUGCAGAGGGCCACAGAGAAAUAUUUGGACCUGCAACUGCCAUUGGUAUUUCUAUUUGGGAUCUCUUAUAUUUCAUCUUUCAGUCUUUCUCCAAAUCAACACCCUUUUCUCCGCUUCUUUGUUUGGAAUUGGAAUCCGCCACCGCCACCAAGAUUACCAAAGAAACACAGGAAACCGUGCGGACAAGAAAACCUGUCGAACACCUUUACCACACGGCGGCCGGGUAGCGCUUCUUUCUAACGGUGUGCGGUUCUUCUAUCACGACAUCCUCUUCCUACAUUAUACAGUAGUAGUAUUAUUGAUCAUAAGACGAAGAUGCUGCUGACAAUUAAGAAGGUUCCGACGGUCGUUUCAAAUUAUCAGGAGGAGAGUUCCGAAACAAGCUUUGAAGGGUGUGGCCGACAUUGCCUUGGAAAGUGCUGCUUGCCUGGGUCGAGUGUGCCUUUGUAUUCGUUCAAAAUAGAUAGAGAGAAUUCAAAGGAAAAUGGGGAGGUGAACUCAGCCAAGGAGCAGCCUCAAGUGUGUUUCCUGCACAAUCUGUUGCUGGGUCAAUGGGAGGAUCGAAUGAGUCGUGGCCUUUUCCGCUAUGAUGUGACCAGUUGUGCGACAAGGAUCAUUCCUGGGAGAUGGGGCUUUAUUGCACAACUUAACGAGGGACGCCAUCUCAAGAAAAGACCAACAGAAUUCAGGGUUGACAAGGUACUUCAGGCCUUCGAUGAGACUAAGUUCAAUUUCACGAAAAUUGGACAAGAAGAAGUUCUUUUCAGGUUCGAACCAGGCAAUGACCUCAAAAGCGAGUUCGUUCCAACUGCACCUCCCACUGCUGAUUCCACUUCUCCCAGCGUUGUUGCUAUCAAUGUGAGCCCAAUUGAGUUUGGACAUGUUCUGUUGAUACCUCGAGUGCUUGAUUGCUUGCCUCAGAGGAUUGAUCAUGAGAGCUUCUUGCUUGCUCUUCAUAUGGCUAAAGAAGCAUCAAAUCCUUUCUUUAGAAUUGGUUACAAUAGUUUGGGUGCUUUCGCCACCAUUAAUCAUCUGCAUUUCCAGGCAUAUUAUUUGGCAGUGCCCUUCCCAGUUGAGAAGUCUCCAACCAAAAGAAUAAAAACAGUGAAGGGCAUGCAAGAUCGAGGAGUGAUAGUAUCUCGCCUUUCAAAUUUCCCUGUUCGAGGAUUUGUCUUCGAAGGCGGAAAUACAAUGCAAUGUCUGUCCGACUCUGUUGCUAGUGCUUGCAUUUACCUACAGAACAACAAUAUACCCUACAAUGUGCUCAUUGCUGACUCUGGAAAUAAAAUCUUUCUGUUCCCACAAUGUUUUGCUGAGAAACAAGCGCUUGGAAAAGUAAGCCAGGAGCUUCUGGAGACUCUCGUUAAUCCAGCUGUUUGGGAGAUCGCUGGACAUAUAGUGCUCAAAAGGAGACAGGAUUUUGAAAAUGCAUCGGAAGCAUCUGCAUGGCGACUUCUUUCCGAUGUUUCUCUAUCUGAAGAGAGAUUUCGUCAGGUGAAGGCUUAUGUCUUAGAAGCAGCAGGCUUUCAGGAGACGAGUAAUACAGAUCAGGAGGAUGAUUCUACCUACGACCAACUUUCUCCAAGAGCUAUUUCACAUUUACCUAAGGAUUGUGUGGUUAUUCAUUGACAUUCUUCUGCAAUAUCGGAUUCCAGAUUUAGAUCAUAUACAUGGUAAGAGCUUGAUGUUACUUAGACCCGGCACAGUCCCGUUUGUCCCGUGAGUCGGGCCGGUCAACGGAUUUCGGUUCUUGAACCGAAUUGAA